CCAACCCAAAUACAAAGUAUUACAGUACAGUACAGUAUGCUUUCCUUUUACUCUUUUUAGUUAUGUCCUCCAGACAAUGGAGUUAACUGUAAGUCGAUAACUACAACACCAACACCACCUUAUUGUCCCUUGUCGGAAUUCUCAUCGGAAAUGACGACAGUUGCACCCGCACCCACUUGUGGGCCCAAGCUAGAAGCACUAUCCCACAUAGAUAUCAGCAAACUUUCCCAAUCCGAGCUCCACGCACUUUCCCUUUGCUCCGACUCAGCUUACGACCUCCGGCGAACAAACGACGUCGUUAUUCCUCAGCUUGAUCGUUCCCUCUUCAAUGAAUCCGCCGGAAGUCGCCGUCAAACCUACUCCCGUCUCCGCCACCAGCACCACCGUUCUCGCGUGCCUGGUCUUCACCCUUCCACUUCUAAACCCAAACCCCCUUCUUCUUCUGACCCUGAAAAUCACUCAAUUAUGCAUUUCCUUAAAUUCUUCAUUCACAAUCCUAAUUCUCACGCUCCACCACCACCUCCGCCACCGCUUCCGCCACCACCUCUUCCUCCUCCGAUAACACAGCCGGCUAUUUUUGGGGUUCAAGAAAAAACCCUACUUUUAAUGAAUGAUCGUGAGAAAAAUAGGAAUAGAGGACGUAAAGCUAAGGAUAAAAUGAAAUUGAAAGAGAAUGGUGUUGGGGUUGAAGUGGAAAUUGUGAAUAAAAAUGGCGAGGUGGUGGAUUUAAAAAAAUUGGAGAGUAACGGGGAUGAAUUGUACAGCGGAGAAUUGGAGAAAAGGACAGCUGGAUUACAGAGCGAAGAAGAGGUACUUGGGUUUGUAAGGGAUUUGGAGGGGGAGUGGUGUAGCAGAAGGAAGAGGAGGAAAUAUGUUGAUGCUAGUGGAUUUGGCGAUACAUUGCCUAUUGGUUGGAAGCUCUUGUUAGCCCUGCGAAGACGCGAUGGUCGUGUCUGGGUUUACUGCCGUAGAUAUGUCGGCCCUACUGGUCAGCAGUUUAUAUCAUGCAAAGAGGCUUCAUCAUACUUGCGGUCCCAUUUUUUGUCUGGUGAAGCAAACCAGCUUACUCAGCAGGCUGAUGACACUGUUUCUAAAAGUGUAAGUAACUUCCGUAGUAACACCAGUUUGGUGUUGUCAACAGACAUUCAAGAAAAUUCACAUUCUCUUCAAGAAGGUGAUUUGGCAAAGCAUGACAUAGUUGCACAUUCAGUUGUACCCAGUUCAUCUACUCUAGACCUACGCGGCAAUGAAAUUUCCUUGAUGGAGAUGGAUAAUCUCCCUGAGGUUAAAGUUCAAGACAUUUUUGAAUGUUAUAAAUGCAACUUGACAUUUGAAGAAAAGAAUGCAUAUUUGCAGCAUCUGUUCUCAUUUCACCAGCGGACUACAAGAAGGUAUAGGGUUGGGCCAUCGGUAGGUGAUGGGGUCAUAAUUAGAGAUGGAAAAUAUGAAUGCCAGUUCUGCCAUAAGGUAUUUGAAGAAAGGCGUAGUUACAAUGGUCAUGUUGGAGUCCAUGUGAGAAACAAUGCAAGAGGUACUGUGGAUGUAUCUGCUGCUGUUGCAACAGACAAGCGUGUUCAGUCUCCGCAUCAAGAUGGGUUGCUUUUAGGGACAUGUAAAAUGGAUGCUUUAAUUGAAAUUGCCCAAAAUUCAGUUGUAGAAACUUCUAGUGCUAGAGCUGCGACCAAGGUCAGCAGCAUGCCAUCUAGUACGACAAUGAACUUCGAUGGAAGUACGCCUACCAACAUUGACCAAGUUGUGAGGCCAAACGUUGAUACUGGAUUGUCAGAUGCCAGGGAUGUUAAAGCUGAAACAUGUCAUGAACAAGGCAGAAAUCAGCCUGAUAAAACCUGCAUGGAAGUAGAUAAAGAUAAGAGUGGUGAGAUUUUGACCAACAACUUCUAUCCGAGAGUGAUUUCAACCAAUGAUUCUGAGCAGCCUGAGAGUGAUGAAGAAAAGGAGGCUGGAAGUGACAAGCCAAUGGUGGGCCUGGGAAACAAGCAGAUGGAAGAAAAUGAUGAUCUUCAAUCAGGGACCAUGGAACUAACUUUUCAGGAAAUUGCUAGUCAGAAUGCGUUAACCAGCUCUUCAGUGUCUAUGUUGCAGUCAUUGCAUAAUGAUUCAGAGCACUCUGCCGGUGCUGGCAUGAAGAAGGAUGGCACUGAUAAGGUAGCAGCGGGUAAUGAAAACAGCCUGACUAAAGCAAAUGAUGUUGAAUCAGAAACUAUGGAACUGACUUUUCAGGAAAAUGCUACUCUGAAUAGGUUAACAAGCUCCUCAGUGUCUAUGGUGCAACUAUUUCAUAGUGAUUCUGAGCACCCUGAGAGUGAUGACAUGAAGAAGGAUGGGAAUGACAAGCUAGCAAUUGGACUUGGAAACAACCUGACUAAAGCAAAUAAUGAUGUUGAAUCCGAGACUAUGGAAUUCACUCUUCAGCAAAAUGCUACUCAAGAUGGGUUAGCUAGCUUUUCAGAGCCUACGGUGCAAUCAUUCCACAACUUUACUGGCAUUCUUUCAGGAUCAAGUAAGGACAAUGGUGAAUUUUCUGCUAUUGGUCAGAAUCUGGAUAAUGAAACAGGGUUUGACGAGCUUAGGCUGGAUGAGAUAGAACACUUCAAAUAUAGCUUUGAUAUUGGUCAUGCAUCUUCAUCUUUACCCUCUGUUUCUAUUGGGUUGGGUAAUGAUGCAAGGAUGGAAGAGGUUUUUGCGUCAGUUGGAUUUGAUUCUGGAGGAAUCAUCUUAAACAUGGAAGAACCGGAUCAGCUCUCAACAGUAUGUGUGUGGUGCAGAGCAGAGUUCCAGCUUGAAGCUUAUGAUACAGAAGCUCAUUCGGAUUCAAUUGGAUUUAUGUGUCCAGACUGCAAGGCUAAAAUAUCCGGACAUCUGGAGGGUGGUCUUUCCAUGAGUCCUCACAAUUUCUAAUUUUCCACUGAGCUGUCUCGUGCUGCUGUUGCUCAAUGUCCUGAUACAUGUGAAGUUGCAGGUCUCCUUUCCGUCUAAAGAUGGUUGUUACAAAGCAUGCAUAUGCUCUUUCUUGGAGAUGGAGUUUUUGCUGGUAUCCUCGGUUUGCUGUAAAUUCAUCUAUGGAAUACUGUAGUUUGGUAAUAUUCCUCAUUCCGGUAUGUAAAUUACAGAAGACAGUAGAUGUGUCUCUAUGCAUUAAGUGAAUAGUGUCUGUUCUGAUUAUGUAGAUGUAUAUAUCUGUUUGUGUAUGUCACGGAUUAGCUCUAUGAGCCCCUUUAGAAUCUAGUUGUAUCUGAGAGGGUUAUACCCCUUCGACUUUCUACUUGUUUUCUCAGUCUGUUUACCUUUUAAUCUUGUGUUGCGAGCUUC